GAGAAAAUCGCGAUGCUCAACGUGGAUAUAUCCUCGCAGGGAAACAGCGGACACUUCGCAGGUGUCACUCAUUUUGGAUGGCAUACUAACUCAAUGCAAUGACGAGUAAAUGGCACCAGGUUUAACCUGUAUUUAAGGGAUAACGUUUGAACUCGUUUAAUCAUGAAAUCCCUCUUUUAUAGUCACUUCUUCAUUCUUCUCCCUUGGAUUUUGAUCGUUAUCAUCAUGAUCGACAUUGACACCAAGAGGACAGUCCGGCGCACCACCAAUUUCUACCUCUCCCACUUCAGUAAGCCGCAGCGCACAGUUCUCCCGACGAUUUACGCGAUCACACCCACGUACAGGAGAGCUGUCCAAAAAGCGGAGCUGACGCGCUUGUCAAACACGUUCCGGCUGGUUCCCCAUUUCCACUGGGUUGUGGUGGAGGAUUCCAACGCACGCACGGAGCUGGUGUCGCGCUUUCUUGCGCGCUCGGGACUGCAGCACACUCACCUGCACGUCCCCACGCCUCGCAGGUAUAAACGGCCAGGGAUGCCCCGGGCAACCGAGCAAAGAAAUGCGGCUUUGGGCUGGCUGCGGACGCAUCGCUCGUCCAAGGACUCCGGAGUCGUGUUCUUUGCGGACGACGACAACACAUAUAGUGUGGAACUGUUCGACGAGAUGCGGCGGACCCAGCGGGUGUCCGUGUGGCCCGUGGGGCUGGUGGGAGGGAGACGCUACGAGCGCCCCCUGGUGGACAAGGGGAGAGUGGUGGGCUGGUACACCGGCUGGAAGGCCAACCGGCCGUUCCCCAUCGAUAUGGCAGGUUUCGCCGUCAACCUCCAGGUGGUGCUGUCCAACCCCAGGGCCCUGUUCAAGCGUCUGGGGUCCAAGCCCGGCAUGCAGGAGUCUGACUUCCUCAAACAGAUCACCAGAGUGGAGGACCUGGAGCCCAAGGCUGCCAAUUGCACCAGGGUCCUGGUGUGGCACACUCGCACCGAGAAGGUGAACCUGGGAAACGAACGCUGGAAGGACUCGGUUCAGAUCGAGGUGUGAUGGGGUCCAGGCUCGGAUGGGAUGGGGUCCAGGCCCGGGCGUCCCGUGCUGACCCCCCCCUUCCCAAAACACGACUACCAUCUCCGCUUCGAUGGACACGAUGGACAGAUCUCACAUUCAUACACAAUGGAUUAACAGAACCGUCCGUAGGGUUGUCCCUGAGACAUUUGGACUGGGAGGGGAAGAGGAUUUCAGGAACCCUGGCAGAUCCUGUGCAGUGCAGCCAGACAGACUUGCAGCACAGCCCAAUGGAUUACAGCAGAUUUUGCUGUACCGUUUGGACCACAACAUAGGGCUGUAAUACAGCGAACCUGAGUUCAGCACCACCGCCUCCACUCCAAACGGCUGUCUUUUAAACGAAUCGAGUCAGAAAGAAACACGAAACCAAAGGCACUUCCUGAGACAAAAGGAUCACAAGGAUUUUUCAUGGCUAUUCACUGUUUAAUGCACAGAAAUGACAUUUUUUUUCAUCUGUACUAGGCACCAGAAAAUGUAAACACAUUACAGAAAUGAACCUGGAAGAUGAGGUUUGGGUCCCGUUCUUUAAUGGUGGGCGGAAAGACCCCGUCUGCUGAUGGGAUCUGCACCGUGGCUCCAGAAACGUUUACUCGACGCCCGUCCUCCCAGACUUCCUGCUCCCCCCCCGCCCCCCCCCCCCGCCGGAGAAGCCGUGCUUCUCUGGAACGCGUACAAUCAACAAACGGCCUGAACUGAGGAGGGUGUUCGACAGGGACAAAGCCAGGGGGGGACGGGGUCUUUUUGGAUAUCUCUACCGAGGGAAAAACAUUCAGUACACUUUCUCACCCCAUACUGCCCGGGUCUGGGAGGGAUACACACACAAGUGGAAAAUCAUGGACAUGAUCGCCAUAGCUCACCCAUUUAAAUACUAUUAUUCACUAUGGAUUUGGUGAUGAUAUAUUAGACGCUUUUAUAAUUGGUCCAGCAGCAUCGUUGCUGAUAUGCUUUAAAAAAAAAAAAAAAAAAAAAAAACAAACGAAAGAAAAGAAAAAAGGAAAAAAGAAAAAAAAAA